AAACAGCUGAUUUAUAAGUACACAUCUCCUACAAUUCCGGUAGAGUUUUUUAUCCCUGUUUUUUAUAUUAAAUAACCUUAAGAUGUUAAAAUUAAUUGUAAAUAAUACAUAUGUGAGGCAGUUUUCUAUUAAACAGGCAGCAAAACCUCCCAUAAAGUACACAGACACUAUUAAUUUGCCAAAAACAAAAUUUCCAAACAGAUUAAAUGCUGUUAAGCGGUUAGAAUUGGAGCGUAAGCUGGUUGAGGGUGUAUUUUCUGAAGCAUAUAGUUACCAACAACAACAUAAUCAUGAACCAAAUUUUGUUUUGCACGAUGGCCCCCCAUAUGCUAACGGAGAUUUACAUAUGGGUCAUGCAGUCAAUAAGAUUCUCAAAGACAUAACAUUACGUCAGCAUACAGUACGUGGUCAUAAAGUGAAUUAUAUUCCUGGAUGGGAUUGUCACGGUCUGCCCAUUGAAUUAAAGGCAACAGCUGCAAUUAAAGAUAAUAACAUUGCGAGGAUUAAGAAUCAAGAUCCGAUCAGCAUUCGAAAUAAAUCUCGCAACUUUGCCUUAAAUGCAUUGCAACGACAAAAAAACGAAUUUCGUUCAUGGGGUAUUUUGAGCGACUGGUUAAAUGAGGAAAACAUUUAUUUGACAAUGCGGUCGGGAUUUAUAAUAAAUCAACUGAAUAUGUUCAUAGAUUUUUAUGAACGUGGAUUGGUAUAUCGAGACUUAAAGCCUGUCUACUGGUCUCCAUCAUCGCGAACCGCUUUGGCCGAAGCCGAACUGGAGUAUGAUGUGAACUUCGUUAGUCCUUCAGUUUACUUAAGAUUUCUAUUAACUAAUUGGCCCAGUGGUAUAUCACUUUCCCCGAAUACUAAUAUUUAUGCUUUGGUAUGGACUACAACACCAUGGACAAUACCAAGUAAUCAAGCAAUAUGUUACAAUUCAAUACUAGAUUACAGCGUGCUUAAAUUGUCUAAUUAUGGCAAUGAUUUAUAUUUAAUUGCCACAAGUUUAUUGCAAAAUUUUUCGGAAGUUACUGGUAUUACGUACGAGGUUGUAACAACUUUUAAAGGCACAGAACUAUCGAAUUGCACAUACCAACAUCCCUUAUUCCCAGAGCAGAAUAACUUACCAUUCUUCGCUGCUACACAUGUGCAAGACUCAAAAGGCACAGGGCUUGUUCAUACUGCACCUGCCCAUGGACCAGAAGAUUUUUUGAUUGGUCUAGAAAAUAAGUUGCCUGUGAUAUGUUUUGUCAAUGAAGAUGGUGUGUACUCUUCAAAGGCUCCUGGUUUUCUGAAAGGGAAAGAUGUUCUUUGCGAUGGUGAUCAAUUAGUAUUGGAAAAUAUUGCAUCAGAUGUGUUACAUGCCGGUAAAAUAACACAUUCAUGCCCCAUUGACUGGCGCACCAAAGAACCUGUGAUAAUACGUGCCAGUGAGCAAUGGUUUAUGAAUACCGAACAAUUAAAGGAACGAGCUCUUGAAGAGAUCAGUAAAAUAAAUGUUUAUCCACUUGUUCAAGCAGAUGCGAGUAGAAAAGCACUAAUGACACAAGUGCGUAAGCGUCCAUAUUGGUGUAUAUCACGGCAACGUGUCUGGGGCGUGCCCAUACCCGUAUUUUAUGAACGAGAAACGAAGAAUGUUAUUCUGAAUAGAUCUUUAAUCAACCAUAUCUGUGAUCUCAUUAAAAAAGAAGGAAACGCUGACUUUUGGUGGUCGCGAAGUGUAGAGGAGAUGAUACCCCCGAAUAUUCUGGAAUCCCUUAAAAUAUCAGCUACCGAUUUGGAAAAAAGUAGAGACAUUUUUGAUAUUUGGUUCGAUUCGGGCAGUACAUGGUCAAGUGUGUUAAAGGAUGAGAAAGUGGCUGACGUUUACCUUGAAGGUUACGAUCAGUUCAGUGGCUGGUUUCAGUCAUCAUUGCUUACAAGUGUUGCAGCAAGAAAUCAAGCUCCCUACAAGUCAAUAUUUGUACAUGGUUUCACAGUCGAUGAUAAGGGGCACAAAAUGUCAAAAUCAUUAGGUAAUGUUAUUUCCCCAAAGGAUAUAAUUAAAGAAGUCGGAGUCGAUGCUUUAAGAUGGUGGGUGGCUUCGCAUUGUGCGCAAAACAUGACUAUAACUGUUAGUAAGAAGUUAAUGCAACAAGCUGCCGACAGUGUAAAUAAAAUUCGCGCUACAUUACGCUAUUUAAAUGGUGUUAUUGGUGAUAAAUCGGAAAUUCUGAAUGAUAAAAGUACUUUUUUGGACAGAUAUAUUUUAAGUGCGUUGGUAAAACACGAAAAUGAGAUUUGGAAAUUGUAUGAUACUUACGAGUACCAUCGUGUCGUGACCAACACACAAAAUUUUGUGACAAACCAAAUUUCAGCAAUAUAUCUUCACACUAUUAAGGAUCGACUAUAUUGUGGAGAUAACAUCGAUAUAAGAAAUAUACGCUAUACGUUGCUUAAUUGUUAUAAAGUACUCUGUUCUACUAUAUGGCCUAUUAUACCAUUCCUAGUGGAAGAAAGUUGGCAAUAUUACGAUCCUAAAAGGGCAUUUCAUCAACAAAACUUUACUGCUGACCCCGUUUGGAAAGAUGCCGAUGCUGAAAAAACUGUUGGUGUUGCAUUGGAAAUCAAACGGAUUGUUAAUCAAAAAGCGGGCAGCGCGAACUCAUUUAAUUUAGCAGUGGAAAUUUCAUACAACAAAAACAAUGAGGAAAUGCAAAUGCUACGUCUUUUGCAAGAAGAUGAAACAGAAGUAUCUUCCAAUAAUUCAGAGCUAUGUGAAAUACUACAAGUUCAAAGGGUUUCUCUGCAGCCAUCCAACCAUGUAGAUUCUACCAAUAUUAAUGUUCAAAAAUUGGAAUUGACCCUAUGUGCACGCUGUAGACGUUUUGCAGUUGAUAAUGCCGAUUGUGUUUGCGAACGUUGCGCUUGGGUUCUAGCUAACAGAUAAUUGUUAACUUUGAUUAUAUAAGUGUUAUAUUUAAAAGCUUUGUAAGCAUUUCAGUACAGAGUCACGCAGUUUGAGUCGUAAUGACUGCUUUCCACCACAUAUUAUAUGAGUUUCAUUCUCAUCAAAUUUUAUCGUUGUAUCUUCAUUUAUCAAAUGCAACAUAACUACAUUGCCAGUA